GGAGCGAGUCAUCUAGAACUGAUCAGGUGUAGCAAGACAAACCGCGUUCGGCUGAUAGAGCUGAAUGCCCGUCUUGCUGGUGAUUUUCCGCGAGCGCAGAAUUUCUUCCGGUUCAACAUGAAUGGGGAGGACGACGGAUCGUUCCUUCGGACGCAUGG